CCCAAACAACACGGCUGCUUCGGAAGUUGUAGAUUGGUUACCUUUCGCUAGCUAGCUGACUUUGAGCUAAUAUAUCGAAAUCUAACAACCAUGGAUAAAAAGAAAAAGCAAUAUGCAGUGACUGCUUCAUCGUUGACCUGUUUACAAUAAUUAUUAUUGUGACAUUUUCUGUCAGCAGUGUGUAAACCAAAGCUAGCUGGUUAGAUAACGCCGGUAACUUAUCUAGCCAGCACGCUAACACAUAGCAAGCUAGGAUACUGUAGUAUACUCUUUUCUCAGCAGCUGGUUGAUCUCAAAGCUGAACUCUACAGGAAACAAGAGCAAUUCAAACAUGAAAAAUGCCAAGAUGCUGGGACUAGUGCCAAAUCCCCCAAAAGCAAGAAACGUAAUGUAUGGAUCAAACAGAAUGAGGGUGUUUCAGCUCAGGAACAGAAAGAUGUGGAACAGGUGGCAGAGGAAGAGAACAACCUUGACAAAGCAAAGGGAGUACAAAGUGAUGUACUUCACACCGACAACAUAUUUUAUACACCAUCACUGCCUUCUAUUAGAGCUCAUUGCUGUUUGCCAUGUCUCUCUUUGUCCACAGCUGCAAGCUAGAAGAGAAAGCUAAACUGUAUGUGCAGAUGACCAAAGGACACUUUCCUGAUGAGGAGACAGAGGGAUUUUUCCUGGUGGAUUUGACCCAGAAUCAUGCCCAAUGAGAGAGCGAGAGAGCUCCUCCCCCAACCCACCCAAGGAGUGGGUGGACGAUCUUGGAGAUGCAUGAAGAAAGACCUACCAGGGUUCAAGAAAUUGGACCAAGACUUUCAGGGAAAAGGACUUGACCCGGCUGAGAAGGACCGACUGUCAGAGGACAUGCAUAGAGAGCUGCAGAGGCAAGCCUGGGAGAGGGAGGAGGCCAUGAACAGGCCUGUGGGACGAAUCCACAACGAGGACAUCAGGGAGCAAGAGGCCCGUGAGCUGGGUGUGGGCUACUUUGCAUUUUCUCAGGACCAGGAGCAGCGCAGGACAGAGACUCUGGACAUGCUCAGAUACCAGAUGACAGACCAGCGCAGUAAGAGGGAGCAGUUGAAGGAGAAGAGGAAGGCUCUGCUGAAUGCUCAGUUGGCCAAGGUGAGGCAAAGGAAGAUGAAGACUAAGCUGGACGGAACACAGGACGACCAGGGAGCUGGACACAACCAAGAAGAGGCCCCUGCAGUGAAGGAGUUGGAGGUAGAAAUCCAAGAGAGGAGAGACACCAAGUCAGGAGUACCCCACGUCUGAGAGUGGGACAGGGGCAAAGUGGACUAGUUUGGCGAGUGGACGAGUCGGCGGCAGGAUGAUAGGGAGUCAGAGUUCACUCCUCCCUCUGUGUACUUCAGCGACGAUAAGAGACAGGGCUACGGGAAAUGGGCCAAACGGGAGCAGGACAAACCCAAAAUGGCCUUCAAGUGGUCAGAGGGGCAGCGUGGAGGGCAUAUGGAGCCACCCCAGGCCAAGCCCAAAAGUAGUUAUUUACCCCAGCCCCAGUCAAGUACCCCGGUACCCUCUCAACCCACACUAUCCCCUGGUCAGCCCCAAAAUGCACCUCCAGCCCCUCAGUGCCCCCCUCAACCCCCACCUCAGUACCCUCCCAACAGCCCCAACCCCAAUACACACCACCCCCACAACACACCCUCAGUUUGCUUCCCCAUUUCAGUCCCAAUUUGCACCUCCACCCUUUCACCUUCAGUAUCUUUCUCCACCUCAACUUCAGUAUGCAGCCCCACCUUACUGCCCAUCUCAGUACCCCCCCUCCCCCCACACAGCCCCAAACUCAGCCCCAGUGCCCCCCUCAGCCCCAGCUCCCUUCCCAGAGCCUGGAUGACAUGCUGUCCUUCAACAAGAACUCUGCUAGAUACUCACAGUCCGGCCUCGCAUAGGUGACACACACACCUGUAUUAAACUAACCCAAACACACAAACAACGUCGAUGUGUGUUAGACUAUAGUGACGUUACCAUGAUCUUUAAACCCCACAGAGGGCACCAAAGAGAAGGACCCAUUUUCGUAAUCUGAUCUUGGAUUUAGACUGGUGAUCUUGUUCAUGUGUGGUGAUUGUGUGUUUUGAGUGACAGGACAAUACCGAGGAUCAGCCACGAUGUAAUAGGUCUUUUCUGGGUAAGUACAGGCAUUGAGACGUCUCUGGAAGCUUGUCAUUAUAUUCAAACAUAUGCAAUUACCUGUUAUCAUUUAAAUGGAUCUAUGGAAUAUAUAUUCAGGGUUGGACAUAGCUUUAAGUGAGGAAGGUUUGACUGACAUGCUCUAGGUGGCGCUGUGCCCCUUUACCAUUGUUUUAUGAGCCACCAGACUCCGUGUAGGUGUUUUCAGAAUGUGUAAUGUUGAAUGUUUUAAACAUUUUUCAAUCCAACGGAGUACUCACUGGCCUGGCAUGAACUCCUCUGGUCCAUUUCAUGCACUUGAUAAGGAGGCAGGUAUGUUUGUCCCAUCAGGAAGACAGGUCAGGGAAAUGACACUGACGUGGAAAAUGUUUAGCUUCUUCAAACAGUGAAUGAAAGGGAACUUUAAUAUUUCUGAUCAUUAGAUUGUAUUAAAUAGUUAUUUAUGCCA